AUGACAGGCAAAACUUCCAGUCUUGCCAAAGCGCUCAAUACACUGCAGAUUCCAGGCUAUCAAAACUAUGCCGUGGAACCUGCGGGGCUCCAAUGGCGAUCAAACACCUUGUUCAUCGUGGCGACAGUGGCCGUAGGGCUCUUUACAGACCUCUUUCUCUAUGGACUGGUCGUGCCGGUGCUACCCUUUAUGCUACAAGAUCGAGUCGGAGUGCCCGAAGAUCAGGUUCAAAGUCUGACGUCGGGACUGCUGGCAGCUUAUGCAGCUGCGAGUGUCGUUUUCUCGCCCGUCGCUGGAAUCUUGGCUGAUAAGGUCGCAACGAGACAGGCCCCCUUCCUGUUUGGUUUACUCGCACUUCUGGCAUCGACCGUACUGUUGUUCUUGGGGACCAGUGUUCCGGUGCUGGCGCUCGCGAGGAUCUUGCAGGGCAUCAGUGCAGCCUUUGUUUGGACUAUUGGACUGGCUUUGUGUCUGGAGACUGUCGGACCUGAGAAUUUGGGGAAGACGAUCGGCUCGAUUUUCAGCUUUAUUGCAGUUGGAAACCUUGCAGCGCCGAUACUGGGCGGCGUGCUAUACGAGAAAACUGGAAUCGUGGGCGUCUUUGCCUUGGGGGCUUCUAUGCUGGCGGUCGACUUUAUCAUGCGGCUUCUCGUCAUUGAGAAGAAGGUUGCCAACAAGUACUACGCCGACGAUCCGAGCACAGUCAGCGACCUCAAUACAUCCCGUGGCCGAGACACCACUAGUGGACAAGACCAGGACACAGAAGCGCAAGGAGAUUCUCAAGGCAACGGGGAAGAGACGCCUCUUCUUGGUCUUGCCGGCAAGCAUCCAGACGAUGCCUACUACAAACUCGAGCCUCGUGAGCAUUACGCGACUAUUGCCCAAUACGUUCCCAUCUUACCCUGUCUCGCGGACCCGAUGCUUGUAACAGCCCUCCUAGUUGCAAUGGUCCAAGCGAUCCUACUCGGUUCGUUCGAUAGCACUAUACCGACAGUCGCAAAACAACUCUUCGACUUUAGUUCACUCCGAUCGGGGCUUCUCUUCAUUCCGCUGGGAGUCUUUGACUUUAUACUGGGGCCAAUCUUUGGAUGGUGCGUCGACCGCUACGGUACCAAGCCGGUAGCUGUUCUUAGCUACGCCUUCUUGGUGCCAGUGUUGGCGUGUCUCCGCAUUCCACACGAAGGGGGCACGGAUCAGAUUAUCAUCUACGCUGUUCUCUUGGCACUUUGCGGUAUUGGUCUGGCUGGUAUUGGAGCACCGAGCAUCGUCGAAGCUGGGGCCAUUGUGCAGAAAUACUACGACGUCAAUCCCGAUUACUUUGGUGCGAAUGGACCUUAUGCGCAGCUAUAUGGCAUGAGCAACAUGGUUUUCAGCUUUGGACUUGCUGUUGGUCCGGAGCUGGCUGGCGAGUUGAAGCAAGUGAUAGGAUAUGGGAACAUGAAUGCCGUCUUGGCAGCGGUAUGCUUAUCGACGAGCAUAUUGUGCUUCGUCUUUAUUGGUGGCAAGCCACAGGUAUUGCGGAGGCAGAACAGAAAUACGCAUCUGUCUCGGAAGCGAGCGUAGGGCAUGGGAAGUCAUAUGAAGUCUUUCCUGAUGCACCGCAAUACGACGUGAGUCUUAACUCCGAUAUUGAAAUCACUACUCUGUGCGCUCAGAGCUGCAGAUCCGCCUCACCGUUUGAUAUGUACCGGGCGUUUCAACGCCCGGAGACGUCCCACUGCCAUCUAGAUCGACA